UUAAAUUAUUCCGAUGACAUUUAUAAGUACAGAUUAAAUUACGUUAGGUUAAGAUUAGAAAGUUAGGUUACGUUAGCUCUUAAAUUUUAUCAUGUUCGUAUGUCGGCAUACGUGUGAUCCAAUAUAGUUAUUUAUUUCUCAUAUCGUUUUUCUUAAAAAUGGUAGAACGUUAUCGACAAUUGCUUAAUAUAAUAAAGAGAAAAAAUGCGAUGUUUCAACAUGCAAAGCAAAUUGUCGAAAAUGCUACGGAGAAAGCACAGAACAAGUUUUUUAACGCCCAAAGCGUUGCACCUGAGAAAUGUGAUAUUGUUGUAAAAAAACUUGAUGAUCAAGGAACUGUUAUUAUGCAAGAUUUAAAUACCAAAGCAUUACAGCCAAGCACAGAGUUGCCAGAAAAAAUUAUUAAAUGGUGGCAAUGGUACAAUCAACUAACAGGAUUGAAUACUGUUGAAGCAGCUAAAAGACAAGUAGUUGUUAUUCAAGAUAAAUUGUUCCAAUGUCAAGAUAAUAGAAGAAUCUUGAACAAAGAAUUAACAAGCAUGACUCAUAAAUUGCAAGAACUCUAUGCUGAAUUAGUUCAAACAAAACGAGAUGACCCUAAAUUUGUACAUUUAACAAUAAUGGAAAAUAAGUGCUUGCAAGAACAACGUAAAGUCCUUAAUCAACUUGCUUUAACAGAGAAAGAAGAGAGCGAUAAUUUCACUCGGUUAGCUACUGCUAUUAAAGAAUAUCACGACAGUCAGAAUUUAAAUGCACAAAAAUAUAAAUAUUUAUCUAUUCUUGCAUCUGCCAUAAUAGCAAUUGUAUCAUUAAUUGGAUCAAUGAUACUUAACAAUAAGAGGAUACUAGAUGUAAGAAAUACUAUAAAAGCAGUACAGGAAGAGAAUGAAUCGUUACAUAAAUUAAACACAAAUGAGUUGUCCAAUCUUAAAAAAAUAUUGCUUUCAUUUGAUAGCAAAUUAUCCAAACAAUCUACAAAUAUUAUUAAAGAAAAGGAGAGUGACAGUUCGAAUAAUUCAUCUAAUAUUCUCGUAACUUCUGCCAAGUAUUCAGCAUAUUUGUUAAUUUCAGGAGCAAGUUAUAUUAAAAAAAGUAUUUAUGCAUGUGGGUCAUAUAUCUUUUACAAAUAACAAAUACUUAUCAAAAAUAUACAACUGUUUAAUAACAUGCAAUUAAAUUU